GACUCGGGCUGCGCCUCCGCUCUCGGGAGCGCUGCGAGUGCAGCGAAGGGCCCAAGAUAGCCUAGUUGAAAGGCCUGGGCGUCUCGGCGGGGAGUGCGUUACGCGCUGUGGGGUCAUCGUGCCUGGCGGCCGGCUGGGCCUCACAGGGAGCUACAGGGGGUUGCGGGCGGCCGCGAGGCGCGCGGGGACCUCCUCGGGACGCAGGGGGCUACGCUGCAGCCUUUGCCGCGGCAGGCUUGUAGGGAGCGGUGGCCUAGCCUUUCCGCUGAGGUUCAGUCAGGUGCCUGGAGCGGGAGAGUCGCACUCAGAUUCCUGCUUUACCCGGAAUUGCAACGUGCCCUGUUCCAGUUGUACCCUAUUAAAUACUGUACUACUUAAACGGCCUAUCUCCCGUGCUGUUCCAGAUAUUCUGGUGAAUGAACACAGAAUCAGCAAUGCUUUCCUUUGCUGAGAAACCACUGAUGGGAAGUGAGACUUGUUAAACUUGAAGUGAAUGGACCUGAGUGGACCCUUUGAGCACAUCAGUAAACAUGAGCGGUACCAAACCAGAUAUUUUGUGGGCACCACACCAGGUUGAUAGAUUUGUUGUUUGUGACUCAGAACUAAGUCUUUAUCAUGUGGAAUCUACUGUGAAUUCAGAACUCAAAGCUGGAUCUUUACGUUUAUCUGAAGACUCUGCAGCUACGUUACUGUCAAUAAAUUCAGAUACACCCUAUAUGAAAUGUGUUGCCUGGUAUCUCAAUUAUGAUCCUGAAUGUCUGCUGGCAGUUGGACAAGCAAAUGGUCGAGUUGUACUUACAAGUCUUGGCCAAGAUCAUAACUCAAAAUUCAAAGAUUUGAUAGGAAAAGAGUUUGUUCCAAAACAUGCAAGACAGUGUAAUACUCUUGCCUGGAAUCCACUGGAUAGUAACUGGCUUGCUGCUGGUUUAGAUAAGCACAGAGCUGACUUUUCAGUGCUAAUAUGGGAUAUCUGCAGCAAAUACACUCCUGAUAUAGUUCCCAUGGAAAAAGUGAGACUUUCAGCAGGUGAAACUGAAACAACAUUAUUAGUAACAAAACCUCUUUAUGAGUUAGGACAGAAUGACGCUUGUCUCUCUCUUUGUUGGCUUCCACGAGACCAGAAACUUCUCCUUGCUGGUAUGCAUCGUAACCUAGCUAUAUUCGAUCUUCGGAAUACAAGCCAAAAGAUGUUUGUAAAUACAAAAGCUGUUCAGGGUGUGACAGUAGACCCAUAUUUCCAUGAUCGUGUUGCUUCCUUCUAUGAAGGUCAGGUUGCAAUAUGGGAUCUUAGAAAAUUUGAGAAGCCAGUUUUGACUUUGACUGAGCAACCAAAACCCUUAACAAAAGUAGCCUGGUGUCCCACUAGGACUGGACUACUUGCCACUUUAACAAGGGAUAGUAAUAUUAUUAGAUUAUAUGAUAUGCAGCAUACACCCACUCCCAUUGGGGAUGAAACUGAGCCCACAAUAAUUGAAAGAAGUGUACAACCUUGUGACAAUUACAUUGCUUCCUUUGCAUGGCAUCCAACAAGUCAAAAUCGAAUGAUAGUUGUAACUUCCAACCGAACAAUGUCUGACUUCACUGUUUUUGAAAGGAUAUCUCUUGCCUGGAGCCCAAUUACAUCUUUAAUGUGGGCCUGUGGUCGUCAUUUGUAUGAAUGUACAGAAGAAGAAAAUGAUAAUUCUUUAGAAAAAGAUAUAGCAACGAAGAUGCGCCUUCGGGCUUUAUCGAGGUAUGGACUUGAUACAGAGCAGGUGUGGAGAAACCACGUUUUAGCUGGAAAUGAAGAUCCACAGCUCAAGUCACUCUGGUAUACUCUGCACUUUAUGAAGCAAUAUACAGAAGAUAUGGAUCAGAAAUCUCCAGGCAACAAAGGAUCGUUGGUUUAUGCAGGAAUUAAAUCAAUUGUAAAGUCAUCUUUGGGAAUGGUGGAAAGCAGCAGACAUAAUUGGAGUGGGUUGGAUAAGCAAAGUGAUAUUCAAAAUUUAAAUGAAGAGAGAAUCUUAGCUUUACAACUUUGUGGGUGGAUAAAGAAAGGAACGGAUGUAGAUGUGGGGCCAUUUUUGAACUCCCUUGUACAAGAAGGGGAAUGGGAGAGAGCUGCUGCUGUGGCAUUGUUCAACUUGGAUAUUCGCCGAGCAAUCCAAAUCCUGAAUGAAGGGGCAUCUUCUGAAAAAGGAGAUCUGAAUCUCAAUGUGGUAGCAAUGGCUUUAUCGGGUUAUACGGAUGAGAAGAACUCCCUUUGGAGAGAAAUGUGUAGCACACUGCGAUUACAACUAAACAACCCGUAUUUGUGUGUCAUGUUUGCAUUUCUGACAAGUGAAGCAGGAUCUUAUGAUGGAGUUUUGUAUGAAAACAAAGUUGCAGUACGUGACAGAGUGGCAUUUGCUUGCAAAUUCCUUAGUGAUACUCAGUUAAAUAGAUACAUCGAAAAGUUGACCAAUGAAAUGAAAGAAGCUGGAAAUUUGGAAGGAAUUUUGCUUACAGGCCUUACUAAAGAUGGAGUGGACUUAAUGGAGAGUUAUGUUGAUAGAACUGGAGAUGUUCAAACAGCAAGUUACUGCAUGUUACAGGGUUCACCUUUAGAUGUUCUUAAAGAUGAAAGGGUUCAAUACUGGAUUGAAAAUUAUAGAAAUUUAUUAGAUGCCUGGAGGUUUUGGCAUAAACGAGCUGAAUUUGAUAUUCACAGGAGUAAGUUGGAUCCCAGUUCCAAGCCUUUAGCACAAGUGUUUGUGAGUUGCAAUUUCUGUGGCAAGUCAAUUUCCUACAGCUGUUCAGCUGUGCCUCAUCAGGGCAGAGGCUUUAGUCAGUAUGGUGUGAGUGGCUCACCAACGAAAUCUAAAGUCACAAGUUGUCCUGGCUGUCGAAAACCCCUUCCUCGAUGUGCACUUUGUCUCAUUAAUAUGGGAACACCAGUUUCUAGCUGUCCUGGAGGAACCAAAUCAGAUGAAAAAGUUGACUUAAGUAAGGACAAAAAACUAGCCCAGUUUAACAACUGGUUUACAUGGUGUCACAAUUGCAGGCACGGUGGGCAUGCUGGACAUAUGCUUAGUUGGUUCAGGGACCACGCAGAGUGCCCUGUGUCCGCAUGCACGUGUAAAUGUAUGCAGUUGGAUACAACAGGGAAUCUGGUACCUGCAGAGACUGUCCAGCCAUAAAAUGUUAUCACCUUAACAGAAACCUUCAAGUGUGGAGCUUUCCAAUAGGUGUCCUUCAUAGCUCAGAAACAUACCUCAGAACAAGUCAUUCAUGACUUCCCUGUAAUGGGAAAAUAAAUCAUUCUAUCAGAUCAGCAAUUUGAUGUGUGAGUGAUUUUGAUGUGCUUCAGAGAGACAAAUGCUGCUGAAAUAAACAUCAGAGUAUAGAUGUGAGUUCUGUUCAGCAGGUAGAAAAGUCUACUUUAGAAAAACUUUAUAAGUUUAUGUUGAAAUUAUGAACAUUCUACAACAAUUUCUGGAAUAGCCAAGAACAGACCUUGAACCUGUAUCUUCAAAGCUGAAAUUGGAUAUCUUUCAAUAAGAUCCAUGCACUUUUAAAAUAAAAUGAAUAAUUCAGUGAUUCAGACAAUAAUUUUAAGUUCAGCUAUGCUUAGAUUUCUUUCAGAUAGAUUUAAAAUUAUAGAUUUUUACUUUUAGAAUUGGAGAGUCCCUAUCCCAUACUGGAGAAUAUUUUUAUUAAUAUAUGUUAUAUAUAUGCAUAUGCAUGUGUGUGUGUGUAUGUGUGUAUGUAUAAAUAUAUAUAUUUUUUCAAAGGAGCCUUUCUUUCAUAUGUUUUUAUUUUAAGAUAAGCAAUCUUUUGGCAUAGACAUUGUCUUCCUAGAAAAGCCAAGAUGAAGAAUCUAUCUUACAACUUUUUCUCUUCAGAAGAGAAAAACCUGUACGAUUUCAGGUGAACAUAUAAAAUUUUCACUUUCUACCUUUUGCUUUCCAAUGUCUUAAUUUGUCUUCAAAGGUUUUUCUCCAUAUUAAUUUGUCAUCUUAUCCUCAUCAUCCGAGAAUAUUUUACUGAAUACAAAGUCUAUGUAAGAUUAUAUGUAACUAACCAUUUAGCAUAAUCUAUGUCAGUGUUUCUGUACUGUCAAAUUCCCUCCUGAUUAGGAAUAACAUUCUUUGUUCUUUCCAAGGUAGACUAGGAGGUGUUGGGAAAAUAGGGUCACUUUAGAUGUAAGUUUUUAAAUGUACGUGUUACUGGAGCUAAGUCAGGGACUUUAUUUAAAAUUUACUUUUUCUGAUUUCAUAGCUAGAGAGUUGUAAGAGAAAUACCAAGGAUUUACAGGAUGCUUCUCUGUCAUCUGCCAUAUGCAGAGGGACUGAACUAGGAAGCUUGUAGUUGAAGCUGUGUUUAAAAGAGUAAAUCUAAUUUUAUUUUUUAGAUUUUGGAGAAAUAAACUGAAGAAUUUUAAGAGCUUUCAUAUUAGCAGUUUUGCCUUAUAAAAACUAAGAUCUGUCAGAUUAGUUUGAGGUGUAACCUAAAUAUUAAAAGUAGAUUAAAUUUAUUUUUUACCUUGAGUAUCUGAUACAUAAAACCCUUUUCUAGGAAAACAUUGGAAGCAAUACAUAUCUACUCUAAAUGUCUCAUCUAUGUGACAAUCUUUUCAAAUGAAAGAAAUGGGAAAUGCAAAUUUUUUUAAAGAUGGCUAUUAAGGGUACUUUUUCCAGCCUUCCAGUCAAUUUUAAUUGAUUUCAUUUUAUAAACACAUAACGUCUACCUUUAAUAUUUUAUUUUAAGUGUUCCUUUCAAAUUUACUAUGUCCUAAAUAUGAAAGUCAGCUUUAAGUAAUGUCAAACUCUUAUAUAAUAAUUUUCAUUUCUCAUUAGCUAAAGUAAAAUAUAAAAUUAUUGAAUUUAUCUGAAAUAGUUACAAGUUUUGGAAAUACACUAUAAAACAUGAAUGUAAAGUCUAUUAUGUAAUAUGCUGAUUUGUAAUCCUAAUAUGUAAGGGUGACAUUUUUAAGAUUGUGUGUGUCAACCUCAUAUUGUUUUCUGUGAA